UGGGAAGACUGGCAGGCUGAGACGCAGGGGAACUUCUGCAGCUGACUUCCUGGCUUUCCAAGAAGCAAGAGGACUGUGGGCUGGGGGCACCGGCGGGGAGCACAAUGGAAUCUGCUUUCACCACUAAGGACACCUACUUGAACCAUUUCAAUCCUCGGGAUUACCUGGAAAAAUACUACAACUUUUCAGCCCAACAUUCUGCAGAAAACCAGAUUGUUAGGCAUCUUCUGGACAAUUUGUUCAAGAUAUUCUGCCGGGAUGGCGUGAAGGGAGACCUCCUGGUUGACAUUGGCUCUGGCCCCACCAUCUAUCAGCUCCUCUCUGCUUGUGAGUCCUUUAAGGAAAUCGUCGCCAGCGACUACACAGACCAGAAUCUGCGGGAGUUGGAGAGGUGGCUGAAGAAGGAGCCGGGGGCUUUUGACUGGUCUCCGGUUGUGAACUACGUGUGUGAGCUUGAGGGAAACAGGUAG